AUGCAGCAAACCGAACCUCCGCACACCGAAAUUGAGGCGGAUGAUGGAAUAUCAACAGGUGAUCUCUACGAAGACUCCUCGGUGGCUUCAUUGAGAUCAAGCAUUUUGGAGCAUGAGGUUGAAAACGGCCGCACAUAUCACUCCAUGAGCUCCGGAAAUUUCCAACAUCAUAUUUGGAAACUCACCUUAGGAGGAGCACUCGCAACUGCCCCUGCUCAUAAGGCCGCGAAGCGUGUCUUGGACAUGGGCACAGGUACUGGUAUCUGGGCUUGUGAAUAUGCGGACGAAUUCCCAUCUACCGAGGUUAUUGGUGUUGACCUGAGUCCUAUUCAGCCUGAAUGGACACCCCCGAAUUGUAUAUUCGAAAUCGAUGAUCUUGAGAAAGAGUGGACCUGGACUGAGCCGUUCGACUACAUUCACUGCCGUACCAUGGAGGGCUCAUUCGCAGAUCCACCGAAGAUCAUCAAGAAGAUUUACAAAGCUCUUGAGCCUGGCGGAUGGUUCGAGGCAGGAGGUUUCGUGCUCCCCAUGGGCUGCGACGACGGCACUGUCCCCAAGGAUUCGGCUCUCGCUCGCUGGCAUGAUCUUCUCGCCGAAGCAGGUGAACGCUGUGGUCGUUCCAUCGAGAGCCCUUCCAAGUAUACGAGCGCCAUCGAAGAGGCUGGGUUUGUCGACAUUGUCAACAAGCAAUACGUAUGGCCUCUCAACUCGUGGCCCAAGGACGAGGUCCUUAAAGAGAUCGGCCAGUGGCAAUUCGUCAACCUCGACUUGGGUAUCGAAGCACUUUCUAUGGGCUUGCUGACGCGGGUAAUGGAUUGGACGAAGGAGGAAGUCUAUGCCUUCUGCGCCGAGCUCCGCAAUGAUCUCAAGAAGAAGGAGUAUCACGCCUACUGGAGGGUCCACGUUGUCUACGCUCGCAAGCCGCUGACUGAGGAAACUCCCGAGGAAGCUCCUGAAGAGUGA